GUUUACAUUUGGCAGACCAGUUGCAGGAGUGGUUAAAGUAGAUCUGUAUGUUUGAAUUUUUCCUUAAUGAAGAAGUUGAUUUGGAUGAUGAUAAAGAAUUUGCGGACGUUUUUGUCAAUGUUACUGUAACUGAGAAGCACACAAAUACAACACUAUUUAUUUUUGAACCAAUUCGCGUGUUCAGGGAUGAAUUUGACAUCGCUCUUAUCAAACCAUGGCCAAUGUUUCGCCCUGGGAUGCCGUUUCCGUUGCAAGUUUCAUUCAAAGAUAGGAUGGAACGUGCGGCUGGUAGCGGACAAACGGUAACAACUCGGGUUACCUAUCGACUGAACAACGAAGAGGAUAGAGAAACCGAUAUUGUGGGAACUAUCAGCAGCAGAGGAUUACUAUCUCUGCCGAAUAUUGUGCCCCCAGUACCUGCAACAGAAAUGAACGUUCAGAUCACCUACGAAUCUGUGGACUUUGAAGAGACAAUUGAUGGAGCAAUUUCAAAGAGUAAUCAGUACCUCCGAAUUAUAUUACCAGAAAAAUACAACAAGUUACGUCCAAACAGAGAGGUGCAAUUUGAAAUUGUUUGCUCCGAGCCGAUGAGCUACAUAACAUAUGUUCUUGUGGCCAGAGGAGUUGUUGUCGAUUCGAAACUUGUAAAAACAUUCCGCAGAAAAAAAUUCUCUUUAAAAUACAAAAUGAAACCAAACUUGGCACCCAGGGCGCGCUUAAUUGUGUUUUAUACCAACAAAGAAUACAUGAUCUGGGACAGUAUAGUGCUUGAUUUCGAUGUUUUUCAUAAUGAUUUCAAAAUUUUCUUGGACGAGAAAAAAUACAACCCAGGUCAAGAGGCUUACAUAGAUGUGGAGGCGACUUCCGACUCGUAUGUCGCAUUUCAUGCGAUUGACCAGAGCGUUUUGCUGGUAAAUGAUAGCUGGAACGAUUUGACAAAGGCGAACGUCGUAAAAGAAUUUGAUUCCUUUGGCGACAAUGAGUUUGACCCAUUCCACUCAAUGGGAUUAUUUAUGCAAACAACGUCUAAACAAGACUCGGGCACAGCGAAACUGACCAGAUACGGACUAGGAUUUCAAAAUGCCAAAGAGAUUCUGCACAUAAGAACCAUCUUUCCUGAAACAUGGUUGUGGCAAAAUGUGUCCAUGGAGGGCAAAACUGAUGUAUCUUUUUCGGCCCAGGUGCCAGACACGAUGACGUCGUGGCUGGUGACGGGAUUCGCGCUCAGUCCCACGACCGGGCUGGGUCUCAUCCACGAGCCGAUCACUUUCAAAGUGGAGAAAACGUUUUAUAUCGUGGCGCACCUCCCGUACUCCAUCAAGCGUGGCGAAGUUACCGUCAUUCAAGUGAUGAUCUACAAUUUUAUCGGAAAUACUUUGAUCACUGAUGUACGUCUAUACAACAAGAACGACGAAAUUGAGUUUGUGGAUCAAUCUUCGAGUGACACAAUGCGCCGCACCAAGGCUGUCAUUAUGCCCGGGAAUUCUGGUAGACAGGUGUCCUUUUUAGUAAAAGCCAAAAAGAUUGGAGAAAUUGCUGUGAAGAUUGAAGCGGUCAACAGUUUGAAACAGGAUUCCGUCGAGCAUAUACUUCGGGUGGAGCCAGAGAGUUACUUGUCCAGAAAAAACGAAGGAAGAUAUAUUGAGCAUAAUGAACACAAUUCAACGCAAGAAAAUAUAAAAAUUGACAUUCCAAGAUAUACUAUACCCGGCACCAUAGAAAUCGAGUUUCAUUUGGAUCCAAAUUUCUUAAGUAUUCCGAUUGAAAAUAUUAAUCAUCUGAUGCAAACUCCAAAAGAAUAUGGGGAAGCUAAUAUGUUAGAUUUUGUUCCACAAGUUGUUGCGUUGGAUUAUCUUACGGAAUCCAAGAUGGAUAAUGAAAACCUUAAAAACAAAAUGAUCAAUUAUAUAAAAACAGGCUACCAUAAUCAGUUGAAGUACAAGUUAAACGAUGGUUCUUUUUGUAACUGGGAAUCUGAAGAGCACAAAAAAGGAAGCAUAUUUAUCACAUCAUUAGUGGCAAAAUCAUUCAAAAUUGCAGCAAAACAUGUUGACGGAUUGAUAAGCAACGAAAUUGUCGAAUCUGCCUUAAAGUGGCUAGCCAGUAAUCAACAGAGCGACGGAAGUUUUGUAGAAGUUGGAGACAAAAUUCACAACGGGUUGCAGAGCAAAUAUGCCCUUUCUGCAUAUGUUCUGGCGGCAUUUCUCGAAGUCGGGGAAUUGGCAAACAAAUAUUCCGCAAAUAUUAACUCUGCUAUUGAGUAUUUGGUGAAAAUUCAUACAAAACUGGUCGACCCAUACGACUUGGCGUUGACAGCGUAUGCACUAUCAUUGAAGCAACAUGAGGCCGGAAAACGGUGUUUGGAUAAAAUAAUUGAGCGUUCGAAUCAAACAGGUGAUGUCAGAUUCUGGAACGAGGGCCCAUUUUCAACCGAAAUCGGAAGUUAUGUUGUGCUUACAUAUUUGCAAUAUAAUCCCGUCAUCCAGGCAACCCCCAUUGUAAACUGGCUGACCAACAAACGAUCCGAAACUGGUGGGUUUAGUUCAAUUCAAAGUACAUUCAUUGGGCUGCGAGCAAUGGCUCAAUAUGCAUUGAAGGCAUCGGUGAACGCAUAUGACUAUACAAUCACAUUGAGAUGGAAAAAAAUGCUAGCGAAAAAAUUCAAUGUAGACAGGUAUAAUGCUCGUAAUACUCAAGCUACCAUCGUACCAUCAGACGUAAGACAGGUAUCGGUGGAAAUUGAUGGUAUAGGAAUCGGCUAUUACCAAGUAGCUUAUCAAUAUCGCACUGAACUGAAGGAUGCUAAGCAUGGAUUUGAUUUGAGUCUGAAGUUGAUGGAAGACAGCAAUUACCGUGUACAAAACUUAAAAGUCUGCACUAAGUUUAGGAAGCCUGAAUCGUACACUAAAUCCAAUUUAGCAUACGUUGAAGUGUUCUUCCCAAGCGGCCUUCACGUUAAUAAUGAAAACGCAAUAACAGAUCUUGCAAGCGAACACAAAAUCAUGAAAAUCAAAUUGCUUAACCAGGGAACUAACGUACGCGUGUACUACAAUAGUUUGGGAGAGUUUUACUCUUGCUUUAUAGUCAAAGCUGAGCGUCGCUAUGACGUCGCAUUGCAUCGUCCUGCCCAUGUUGUCGUGUAUGAUGCCGUGGAUAGCAAUGUGUUUGCUAUAAAGAAAUACGACGGAAUUGUUAACCAACCAUGCGAUAUCUGCCAAGAUGAAGAUUGUGAAACUAUGGCAUGCAAAGUUGCCUAAUAAUCGCAAUAAAAUUUUUUAAGUCCAAAUAAAUAUGAAAGAACAUAAA